GAUUUAACUCAAUACACGUGUCAACAUCAUAGUGGUUAUUGAUGUACGGAAAUCAAACUCUUGCGUCUUUAUAAGAUAAAGAUAAGUUCAAGCUGUCAUUAAUUUCUGAGAGUGAGGUUCAGUCUCAGAUCUGAGCAGCUGGCCAGCAAUGGGGGAGAAGAAAGUUGCGACAAUGGUGUUGAAGGUUGAUCUUCAGUGUGAGAAGUGCUACAGGAAAGUGAAGAAAGUGCUGUGUAAAUACCCUCAAAUACAAGAUCAGGUGUAUGACGAGAAGCAGAACACAGUGACGAUCAAAGUGGUGUGUUGCAGUCCUGAGAAGAUCAAGCAAAAGAUAUGCUGCAAAGGAGGUGACUCCAUCAAAAGUAUUAUGAUUGUACCUCCCAAGCCAAAAGAACCCGAGAAGCCAAAGGAGCCCGAGAAGCCAAAAGAACCCGAGAAGCCGAAAGAGCCCGAGAAACCAAAAGAGCCCGAGAAGCCGAAAGAGCCCGAGAAGCCGAAAGAGCCCGAGAAACCGAAAGAGCCCGAGAAGCCAAAAGAGCCCGAGAAGCCAAAAGAACCCGAGAAGCCAAAGGAGCCCGAGAAGCCAAAAGAGCCCGAGAAGCCAAAGGAACCCGAGAAACCAGCCCCAGCCCCAGCCCCAGCCCCAGCCCCAGCCCCAUGCUUCCCGCAGAACCCUGUGAGAGUGUGUUGCAGGGAAUGCUCCGAGGGGCAAGGAGGUGGCCCAUGUUACCAACUAGGAUACCGUGGACCGCCGAUAUGCUAUGAUGGAUACUACGGGAGACCGGUGUAUGAUAGCUGGGGUGGUGGCAGGGGCGGUUGCUAUUGUUAUAGAGGCAAUCGAUGUGAUUGCUUUUGCGAAGAAAAUCCUAAUGCAGCUUGCAGAAUAAUGUGAAAAUUAAUGGAGGUGCAUGCAUGAUUUGUCGUUUGCCCCUUUGGUUUGGUUCCUAGUACAAAAUUAGUGUACAAGACAAUAAAGAGAAAAACAAGGUUAUUAAUAAGAUAAUACUUUUAUCAAUCGGCAAAAUUAUUGUCUCUCUUUUUGUUGUAUCAUCUUCACAAUUAUUAAAAUUAUUAUUAUUAUUAUUA